AUGUCAGCAAUAGGCAUGUCCGGCAUGGCAUCCACCUUUUCAACCGGUACUCAAGUUACGCUCUGGUUCACAGGUUGGACAACGACAACGACGGCGACCUAUGUAUCGGCCGUCUUCCUCUUAUUUCUUUUAGGUAUCUUCAACCGCUUCCUUGGGGCGUUGAAGAGCCAGCUCGAGAGAAAAUGGAAGAUGCAGCGUGGGACUAAGACUGCCAUUCCAUCCAGUGUCUAUACAAAGAAGACGGCUGACAGCAGUCGUGGCCAUACGCGAACAUGGAGCGAUGUCCUGCGAGCCCAGCACCGUGAACUGAAAGAGCUAGAAAAGGAAGAGAUUGAGCCCUUGACUCCAGUUACAGCACAUACGCGGGAAGACGAGGAGAGUGGCACAAAUGCGAAAUCAGACACAUCUCGUAUAUUUUGGCUAGCCCAUGCCCCAUGGAGUAUCGACAGAGAUGGCAUCAGUGCGGGUUUAGAGUUUGUUCGCGCGUUGAUCGGUUACGUACUCAUGCUCGCUGUCAUGACAUACAAUAUCGGCUUCCUGUUCUCUGUCACAGGCAGUGUGCUCCUUGGCGAGUUGUUGUUUGGUCGGUAUACACGAGGAUCUGCGACCCUGGCUGAAGACGGUUGCCAUCCUUGAUAGAUAUUCAUAUCUGAGUAGCAUCAAACUAUGACUUGCCGACAGUCUCGCUUAUUAUUUC